UUUGCCUCCGCAUCGACUGUCCACCUCAGAGCAGCAGUACUGCAGGAUUACGCUCGGAUUCUCUACGACCACCCCUCUGGUAUGACCAGCUUGGCCUCGCAGCACUGACAUGCUGUCUCUAAGGACAACCUCACGCUACCUCGCCCUCGCCACGCGGACCUCAUGUCUCCCUCGCGCAUCCGCACUCGGCGGCCCCCUCCCCGCGCGGACGUAUGCGCUUUCGCGCUUUGACAAGCCUCGCCCGGGAGUAGGGCGGGAGCGUCCGAAGGUCUCCCCCAGGCAAACGCGUCCCGAGUCGGAACCUCGUCCAGAAGAACAAGCCCAAUCCUCUGGCUGGAACUCCUGGAGCACCUCGGCCGAGUCGCAGCCGUCUGCGGACCAGUCGCCGCUCUGGGAGCAGAGCGUGCGCGCGCCGUCGAGUAACCCGGAAGAGGGCCUGCGGAGGCUGCUGCAGAACGACAGGCUGGUCGUCACGCGGCAGCUCGAGAUGCUGAACAUCUUCAUUGGGUUCGAGCAGACGAACCGUUACGUGAUAUCGAACGAAGCGGGGGAAACGCUUGGAUAUAUCGCUGAGGAGCCGCGCGGGUUCCUCGCGAGCUUCUCGCGACAGAUCUUUCGCACCCACCGACCGUUCCGCGCUAUCGUCAUGGACGCGGACGGUUCGCCCAUUCUAUGGAUUCGCCGGCCAUUCGCGUUUAUCAAUUCAAGGAUGUACGUGCAGCGGCUGAAGGAAUAUGACCAGUACACCCCAGAGGGCGAGCCCGUCCUGGAUACAUUCGCGGAAGUGCAGCAGCGGUGGCAUCUGUGGAGGCGACGAUACGACCUGUUUAUCCGCCAAACGCCGCAUCGCAUCCUGUCAAAGGUCGACGAGCCGCAACCUGAGCCAGAGACUGACAUGUUUCACCAGUUCGCCGAGAUUGACGGCGGCAUCCUUGCGUGGCACUUUGCCCUCCGGGACGCGCAGGGCCUGCCUAUUGCGAGCGUGAACCGGGCAUUCCGUGGGUUCGGUCGCGAAAUCUUCACUGACACUGGUCAAUACUUUAUUAACUUCACUGGCGAAGAGGCCAACGAGGGAGACGUUGUCGCUCAGAAGCCUUACCUCAUCCGCAACCUCAGCAUAGACGAGCGUGCGCUUGUAUUGGCCACUGCCGUCAACAUCGACUUCGACUACUUCUCUAGACAUUCCGGACCAGGAGGUGGCUUUUUCCUCUUCGAGUCUGUUGAGUGACGAAACAAGAGCACUCGAUCUGAACAUGACAUCGCUCUGUAAUCGCUCUCUAUAUAUGUACUGAAUGAAUCUGCAUAACGUAUACCUUC